AUGCAUAAGCAGCAGGACUACUAUACCCUUCUGGGGGUUUCGAGGACGGCGUCUAAGGACGGUAUUCGUGAAGCGUACAAGUUAAGGGCGCUUGAACUCCACCCGGACAAGAACCCCGAGGGAGAGGCCGUGUUCAAGUUGGUGCUGAAUGCGUAUCAAGUCCUUGGAUCCCCUACAAAGCGAAUGAAGUACGAUCAAGAAAUGGCAUUACGCGAUGGCCGAAGACCGGCGCCCACGGCCGCAUGGCGCCAAGGACCAAGACCAACGAGGGGCAAAAAUUCAAGCCCAGGAGCACCAAACCCGGCACCCGCCCCAUCCUUUUCCGAUGGUGCUUCUAGAAAGCCUGUUGAUGAGAAUUUAUUUGAGGAUAUUUACAAACAAUACCAAAAAGGAACGUAUGGAGGCUCUGUCCCUAUAGGUAAGGACUACAAGGACGGCUUUCGUGGCGCGGGGGCAAACCAACAGAGUUUUUCAGAAUGGUUCAAGCGAAAACAAGAGGAACUUAGACAAGCUGAAGAAGUUUUCAAGGCAAAGCUAGAUUAUGCGAAGAAACUAGAGGUUGAGGAGAAGCGGCGUGCGGAAGAAUGGCGGAGACUGCAGCAGCAACGGGAGCGAGAGAGGGAGGAAGAGCUCGAACGUGCACGCGCUCAGCGAGAGUGGGAAGGCGAGUUGCUCCGUCGUGAAAAGGAAACAGCCGCACGGAUUCGCAAAGCGGAGGAAGAGAAGGUAAAACUGGAUGCUUACACCGAAGUUCAGAAAAAACAACAAGAGCAUCUGGACGCUCACCUCAGGGAUCUCGCGAUGAUGAAAAAGGAGCUUGAGGAUGAGCGUCGUCGCCUGGCGGCUGAGCGAGAAUUGGCGCGCCAAGAGUCAACGGAUCAGCAAGAAGCACGUCGCGAACGGCAAAAGAAGCGCGAGGAGGAAAUGGCAUUAGAGCUUCAACGCGCGGAAGCUAAGAUAGAGGUGGCUCUCGCCCACCAGGCUGACUACGAGGCGUACGAAAGAGAACGCGAGGAGCAGCGGCUACGGGAUGAAAAUGCACGCAAGCUCGAGGAGGAGUACCGGCGUCAGACAAACCUUCACGAGGAGGAGACUCAGCGACAGUUCAAUGCAGCGCAAGAAGAGGCCCGUCGCAAGGCUUCAGAGGAGCUUGAUGGGAAGCGAAGGGCCAUAUUGGAGCAACUUGUAAAGGAGCGGCAGCGACAUCAAGAUGAUGUGGAGGCAAUGCGGCGGGAGACGGAUCGCAUUGAGGCUGAGAUGCAGGCGAAGCUCGAUGCUUUGAGGAAGGCGAAGAAGUCUGGGAAACCGAUCAACCUGGACGAGUGGAAGUUGUAG